AUGAAGACUAUUGCAUUCCUUGCUCUUGUAUGUGCCGCUUCGGCUUUCGUUGUUCCUCAGAAAGCCGACCAAUGUGGAGCCGUCGAUAUCACCAAGUCGGCGAAGAGAUAUAUUCCAGUUCAAAACUCUGAUGCCACUUGUGAAAUCUGCUUGGAUCUUGUCUUGAUCGGCGAGACCUAUGCUGAGUGUGAGGAGGCUAUCAUGCAACAUCAUAUGGACGCUUAUUGUGUUGAGAAGGUCAAGAACAAGGCUUCCCAGGCUGCUUGCAAGCUUAUGAUUGACGAUAUUGCCCAUGCUAUCAUUGAGGACACUGACGAGAACCCAACCGCUGUGUGCAAAAGAGUCAUCCACAAGACUUGCCCAUACAACAACUAA